CCUCUAUAUAUACACACCCCUACCCUGCUCUUGGUUCCUCUCUCUUCCACCUCCUAAUCACCACAAGACAUCUAGCAUACACACACAAAGGGAGGAAGAAACCAAGAGAUCAGCAAGCAGCUCAAGUAGCUAGCGUGGAGGUGUCCAAGGUUGGAGACUCAACGGCAGCAAGUACAGGCUAGCUAGCCAACCAGCUGCUCUACAGGAGCCGAUGGCUGGCGCCGACGUCGACGUCGGAACGGAGCUCCGGCUCGGGCUGCCAGGAGGCGGCGCCGAGGCGGCCAAGACCACGAAGAGGGGCUAUGAGGACACCAUUGACUUGAAGCUGACGCUCCCCACCGGCGGCAGCAUGAAGGAAGACGCCAACAGCAAGCCGGAACAAGCCGCGGAGAAGGCCAAGAGCGACCCCGAGAAGCCACCUGCUCCCAAGGCACAAGCUGUGGGUUGGCCACCAGUCCGAUCCUACCGCAGGAACGCCAUGACCGUGCAGUCUGUGAAGAUCAAGAAGGAAGAGGAAACCGAGAAGCAGCAGCCUGUUGCUGCUGCUGCUACUGCUGGUGGCAACGGCUCUGCCUUUGUGAAGGUGAGCAUGGACGGCGCGCCCUACCUGCGCAAGGUGGAUCUGAAGAUGUACAACACCUACAAGGACCUCUCCAUUGCUCUGCAGAAGAUGUUCAGCACCUUCACUGCAACUGGGAAUGAGGGGAAGAUGGUUGAGGCAGUGAAUGGUUCAGAUGUUGUUACUACUUACGAAGACAAGGAUGGCGACUGGAUGCUUGUUGGAGAUGUCCCGUGGGAGAUGUUUGUGGCUUCAUGCAAACGAUUGAGGAUCAUGAAGAGUUCCGAAGCCAUCGGUCUUGCACCAAGGGCCAAGGACAAGUACAAGACCAAGAGCUAAAGAUGGGGCAGUAAUAAGAGGAAGAGUAUGAUGCCAUAAGAAUGGUGUUCUUGCAGUGUGCUAUGGUUUUAGAUAUAUGAUGUUUUAAUUAAUAGUUGGAUUAAAAGAAGGGAGAGUUGCCAUGUUUAAUUUGUUGAUGGACCAGAAGCAAUUAUCUAUCUGUGUGUAGCUGGAUUGGUGUUAUGUGAUGUUCCCUACCAUGUGUCAAAGAAUCUACUUGGUGAUUUUAUUCCAAUGUUGUUGAUUAAGUAUGUGUAAUUGUUAAGUAAAGGGCAUCAAUGAGACUAUUAUUAUUAUGGUAUCAUGUAAGUUAACUUGUUUGUUAAUUAUAAGCACAAUAUUUUUGUA